ACAGAGAACUGCUACUGCCAUCCUGCCUGGGAAAAAUCGACCGCAUUGUUUUCAUUGGAGGAGCGGACAAAGCAAGUCGUGUAUGAAAACGAAUUGCUCGCACAGUCAAGCAAAUAUAUUGGGACUGUAUCACGUAAAAGAAGAGCUUUAGUCUGCCUAUGCGUGGGUGGGAACACCGCACUGUAUCGAAGAUGGAAGUUAUGAUAACAAUCCGACCAAAAGCGAUAAAAAACAUUUGGUGAAUUUGUCUAAGAAUUAGGAAGCAAUAGCGUAUUACGGAUACCAUAUAGGACAGUGUAUGCCAGUCAAUGUAGCAUAGGCGUUGACAUUCAUGACAAUCUCAGUCUACUUGGAUACGAACAGAAUGAGACGGCGCGUCUGAAUUUAACACCUACAGUUUCUUCACUGCGUCUGUUUCACCGGGGGCAGUGUCUGAAGAACACUACCCAUUGCUCCACAGGAUCCUAAAAUGCAUUCUUCUUCUCUGCCAGAUUUUUUAUUAUGCUAUGGUUGACAAAUAAUUCCAACCGUAGUACACUUCAGUACACUCUGAUAAAACAUCUAAUCCGCUCUGGAAUCAGACACUUUGGGACUGUAUAGCUCUCGACUGGGCAUUGGAAUAGCUUUUCAAUUUACAACGCUUUCUGUCCCACUUGGAUCAUAUUGGAAUUAAGGUGUGGUUUGAGGUUUUAAUCCGAUAGACUAUUUGAAAGAUAACAUGCCUAUAGGAGUUUCACAGAAUGGUAGCUCGUGUCCUGUGGAUUCGAAAAUGAUGCUUUAAGACUUCGCGCAUCAAUUCGGUGAGCAUUUUCUCAAGCGAAAUCGAUGUCACCUUGGAGCGAACUCUUUCGUCCAACGAUCUACUUAGAAAUACCACUGUAAGACAAUGCUUGUGCGGAAAUAAUUCAUAUGUAAUCUUCAAAUAAUAUCUACGGGGUGCUAUACACCGCAUGUCAUAAGGCUGCUUUGAAGCUAAUACUUUGAGAGGCUGAGAAGAGAAGAGAUUCUGGUGGAGCUGUACCUCGGAUGCAGGCAUCUUCCACCGUGCGUCGUCACUGUCAGUGGGUCAGGAUCCCCAUGUGAGAUCUACGAUGGAAACCAGGGCCUGAAAUCUGGAUUUGGAAGCUGAUAGACCAUGGAGUGGCUGCUUCUGUGCGUGCUGCUUGGAGCAGCCUUGGUGGAGGGCUAUAGCUGCCCAGGCCGCUGUAUCUGCCAGCACCUCUCUCCCACCCUGACCCUGCUCUGUGCCAAGACGGGCUUGCUCUUCGUGCCACCCGCCAUCGACCGCAAGACGGUCGAGCUGCGUCUCACAGACAACUUCAUCACGAUCAUUCGCAAUAAAGACUUUUUGAACAUGACCAGCCUGGUCCACCUCACCCUGUCCAGGAACACCAUCAGCCAGAUCACCCCCCAUGCCUUCGGGGGCCUCCGGGCCCUGAGAGCUCUUCACAUGGAUGGCAACCGCCUCAGUGUCAUAAGGAGUGACCACUUUAAAGGCCUGGUCAACCUGCGUCACCUCAUACUGGGAAACAACCAGAUCCACCAUGUGGCCCCCACCUCUUUCGACGAAUUUGUGUCCACCAUCGAGGAUCUGGAUCUGUCCAAUAACAACCUGAGAUCCCUGCCCUGGGAGGCAAUCGCCCGGAUGACCAACAUCAACACCCUCACGCUGGACCACAACCUGAUAGAUCACAUUGGAGCCGGGACCUUUACCCUCCUCACCAAGCUGGUGCGGCUGGACAUGACCUCCAACCGGCUGCAGAAGCUGCCUCCGGACAGUCUGUUCCAGCACGCCCAGGUGCUGUCCGACACCCAGGGCUCCAACCCAUCCUCCCUGGCCGUGAGCUUCGGAGGGAACCCUCUCCACUGCAACUGUGAGCUGCUGUGGCUGCGGAGACUGACCCGGGAGGACGACCUGGAGACUUGCGCCUCACCAGACAACCUCAUGGACAAGUACUUCUGGUCCAUACAGGAGGACGAGUUCAUGUGCGAGGCCCCUCUGAUUACCAAGCACCUGGCGUCCAAACCCUACGUCAUGGAGGGUCAAGGCGUCACCCUCAAGUGUAAAGCUAUGGGAGACCCCGACCCUGCCAUCCACUGGCGCUCCCCCGACGGCAAGCUGGUCCACAACAGCUCGCGUACCAUCCUGUAUGACAACGGCACCCUGGAGAUUCUGAUCACCACCCUGAAAGACAGCGGCGCUUUCAACUGCGUGGCCUCCAAUGCCGCCGGCAUCGCCACGGCCGCCGUGGAGAUCAACAUGAUCCCGCUGCCUCUGUUUGUCAACAACACGGGCCACAUGCGCGAGGCCGAUCCCGGCCUGUCCGACAUCACCACCUCCUCCAAGUCUGGCAACGACACCAAGGGUCACGACAAGCACCAGGACAAGAGGGUGGUGGUGGCUGAGCUCACCUCGUCCACGGCUGUGAUCCGGUGGCCGUCGGAGCGCCACAUCCCCGGCAUAAGGAUGUACCAGAUCCAAUAUAACAGCACUGCAGACGACACCCUGGUGUACAGGAUGAUCCCGUCCACCAGCAAGACCUUCCUGAUUAACGACUUGGCCGCGGGGCGGGAAUACGACCUGUGUGUGCUGGCGGUGUACGAUGACGGGAUCACCUCAUUAACGGCCACUCGUGUGGUGGGCUGCGUCCAGUUUCACACCGCCAGUGAGGUCAGCCAGUGCCGUUUCAUCCACAGCCAGUUCCUGGGAGGCACCAUGAUCAUUAUCAUCGGUGGGAUCAUCGUGGCUUCGGUGCUGGUGUUUAUCAUCAUCCUCAUGAUUCGCUACAAGGCCUACAGCGGUCCCGAGGACGGCAAGACCAAGGUCAGCCUCAGCAUGCACUCCCAGACCAACGGCAGCCAGCACAGACUCCAACGCUCCACCUCGAAACAGCCUUCUGAGGAGGAUCGCCGCGAUGCCAAGGAGUGCAUGGCCCUGGUGCUCCGGAUGGACAGCGAGAAGAGGGAGGACCCUGGAGCUACCACAGCCAUCCUGGAGGUGGAGCUGCCUCCGCUGACCAAGGAGAGGAUGAAGAGGACCAGCCUGGACGCUCAGCAGCGCUCCGGCCCCCCCUCUGAGGACACGCAGACGGACAGCAGCCUGAUGGGCUCCACCAUGUCCCUGUGUCUGAUUGGCCCCAACGCCGGCACCAAGGAGGCCCCCCGGCUCAAGGACAAGAAGGGUGCCCUCGCCAACAUGGGGCUUCUUCCUAACGAGCUUGCACGAACUAGGCACAGGUUCUCCUUCGACGGGGGGGAUUAUUCCAUAUUUCAGAGCCACAGCUACCCCCGCAGAGCAAGGACGAGGAGGCACAAGUCAACCAACCAGCUCAACAUGGAAUCGUCGCCACUCGCCAACCGCAGAGUCACUUUCAGCAGCACGGAGUGGAUGCUUGAGAGCACGGUCUGAGGGGAAACAGUCUGGCCAAUCUGGCAGUUACACACACACACACACAGAGACACAGAUACAGACACGUAAACACAUAUUGACACCUCAGACAUUUCUACGUACACACCACACACUACCGCACACUGACUGUUGGUGAGUUGAAGGAGAACAACAAUCUCCUGUCCUCCUGCCUCCCGUCCUCAUGCCCCAGAGGUUGGCGGCCAUGUCAUUUGUUUAUGCAGCAGUGCCUUAUUCUAAAAUAUGUACGAAUGGAGGAUGCUGCUCACUUCAGUCAUAAACCUUCUUUUCUGUCUUUGGUCUCUGCUAUUAGGCAGGGGGCCUUCUGUCCCUUUUUUUAAUGACAUGUCAAGGGGCGUGGCUAAAGGAUGUGACUGUUUUCCUUUUAUUGUUCAAAAACAACAACACACUGUAAAGUGAACAGCCAGGUACCCUGUAUGUUGAUCAUCCUUUUGGUUAUUUCAAAGACUUUUGCACAGAAGACACGAGAUACAAGGACAAGUAUCACACCAGUCUAUACAAUAAAUAAAAAGAUACUAGCUAUACACAUGCCGAUUUCAAAUGUUAGCAUAGAGAGGAUGGCCCUGCUAGAUCUAUGGAAUCCUCCUUGCUGGUUGGACUGUAUGAUAUUUCUAGGUAUUGUUCCUGAUGUGAGUGUAUGAUAUUAAUCGGUAUUGUAUCUGGCUGGUCUAGAUAAAAAGACAACAAAAAAUACAUAUAUAAGUAUAUUAAAACAUUGGUGUAUGUGUACUAACUAUGUAAGUAAGUAAGUCAUAUGUGACAUGACUUUUUACAAAGCAUUGGCUUGUUGGCCACGGGUUUUUACAUUAAAAACUUGUGUCAUUGAACUUUUCCCUACUUAGUAUGUCGGGGUUUGGACCACUUAGCCUUCACCAGAGGGUAUUAAAUUUUUUGUGUGGGUUAACUGUACUGUGUGUCUAUUGUCCUUUUCUUACGAUCCCAUUAAUGCCAGGAUUGGUUCAUACUUAGUAUUUUACAUAAAGUCUUUCUGACAUUUGGUAAACAAGGAUGCUGUGAAUCACCCUUGUGAAAUAUACCACUCUUGUUGAGCAACUGGCCUGGAUGAGCGUUUGGAAUUUAGAAGCCUGCUCUUCGUACUUCAAGGUGACAUCCACUAGGUGGAGACAGUGAGCUUUACGCCCCAGUCAGGCUAAGAAUUUGGAACGGCAGGCUUACUAAAAUUAAAGAUUAUCCAAAGGUAGAUGUGAGAUUUUUAGAAAUAAACUACCCCAAUGUGACAUCCUGUACCGAGGAAAGCAAAACACGCAUGAUGACUGCUAAUAAAACCCCAUAGUCCCAGGUUUAAGGGUAGAAAAUGUAAUCCAAUUUCUGUCUUACAAAGCCAUGUCACAUUCUGUAUGCCAAUACAUGAACACCCGAUUUAGGAUGCUCUGGCACUUCGCUCAACAUUCCCCAUAUCAAAUCUACGGUAAGCACCACAGCUACAACCACUUGAGGGCCAUGAUAUAUCAGGGCUGACAAUUUCAUGGCUUCAAGUCUGACUUCUCCAAGACAUAAGGAUUGUGACAUGGCUGUUCAUCACCACAAGACUAUGGUUUGGAUCUGGAUAUCAGUCCCGUAUUUCACCUAGAUUACAAUCACCUAGCAGAUU